AUGGCUAUUUUCCACACGUCUAUCAUGAUGUUCUUCGCCCACAUCAUCCUCUUGUUGGGCCUUCCAACCGCUCUUGUGAGCGCUGUGCCAGUCACACCGGUGACUAAGGACCUGGCAGUGUCUGAGAGGGCCUCAUCAGGCUACUGGGUCGCGAAUAUCAAGCGUCAGGGUGUUGCUGCAUUCAACAAGAACGCCGAUUAUCAAGUUUUCCGGAACGUCAAGGACUUUGGCGCCAAGGGUGACGGCUCGACCGACGACACCGCUGCUAUCAACAAGGCCAUCUCCUCCGGAGGGCGCUGCGGUAAAGGCUGUGACUCUUCCACCACCACCCCCGCCCUGGUGUACUUCCCUCCCGGUACCUACGUGGUCUCCAAGCCUAUCAUUCAAUUUUACUAUACCCAGAUUGUUGGUGAUGCUACUGAUCUGCCUAUUAUCAAGGCCGCUCCUGCUUUCUCGGGCAUGGCCGUGAUCGAUGCCGACCCCUACGAAAAUGAUGGCAGCAACUGGUACACUAAUCAGAACAACUUCUUCCGUGCUAUUCGUAACCUGGUGAUUGAUAUCUCUGGCAUGCCCCAGGGCUCCGGUGCUGGGAUUCACUGGCAAGUUGGUCAGGCUACUAGCUUGCAGAACAUUCGCUUCGAGAUGGUCAAGGGCGGCGGUGCUGCCAACAAGCAACAGGGUAUCUUCAUGGACAACGGAUCUGGAGGUUUCAUGUCCGAUCUCACUUUCAAUGGCGGAAACUAUGGGAUGUUCCUCGGUAACCAGCAGUUCACCACCCGCAACCUCAAGUUCAAUGGCUGUCAGACUGCUAUUUUCAUGAACUGGAACUGGGCGUGGACCUUCAAGUCCGUCGAAAUCAACAACUGCCAGGUCGGGCUCAACAUGUCGAACUCUCCUUCCAACCAGACCGUUGGUUCCGUUAUGAUGCUCGACAGUAAGCUUACCAACACCCCGACCGGUGUCGUCACUGCUUGGAGCCAGAAGAGCAUCCCCAACGGUGGUGGCACUUUGGUACUCCGGAACGUCGACUUCUCUGGCUCAAAGGUCGCGGUUUCCAGCAUCGACGGUGACAAUGUCCUUGCAGGAGGUUCCGUCAUUGCCGACUGGGUCCAGGGUAACACUUACUCUCCUGGCUCUGCUCCAAGCAAGCGUGCGGUCUCGGCUCCUGCGCCGGGUGACGAGGAUGUUAUCACUGUCACCAAGACCGUCAUGUCUACUGUGCUAGCUUGCCCUGCUUCCUACUCUACUUCUUCCCUUGCUAGCAACAGUUUUCCCGCUCCCGAGCGUACCGUCACUCGCUCCGAGCCUGCAGCUCUUCCCACUGGUAGUGAUAGCGGUGAUCGUUCUCUUCUCCCGACUGGCAUUCCCGGCCUUGACAACACCUGGUUAUCUUCGCUUAUUGGUGCCACUGGAACCGUUGAUCUCCCCGUUCCCUUCGCUACUGGUGAGUCUGCCCCUACUAGCGAAGUAGUGCCUGCUGCCUCCAACAGCGUGGUCCCUGCGUCACCCAGUGUUCCUGUCGUGCCUUCGGAGACUACUCAAGCACCAGCUGGCCCCUCUGUUGUGGCUAGUGGAACUGCCAGCGCUCUGAUUCCUCAGGGUACCUCUAGCAGCACCUUUGGCUCCGAAUCAGGAGCCGACUCCGGCAGCAGUGGUACUUGCGGUGCCGCCCAGGCUGUUUCCUCUGCGCGCACUCAGAGCACUAUGAAGUCUACCAUGUCGGGCGGCCUCCUUGCCAACGGCGCUGUGUUCGAAAAGUCCAAGCCUCUGUACGAGGAUGUUGCUGCUUCCUCUUUUGUUAGUGUUAAGUCCGCCGGUGCCAAGGGUGACGGCUCUACCGAUGAUACCGCUGCUCUUCAAAAGGUCCUUGAUGGCGCUUCCUCUGACCAAAUUGUUUACUUUGACCACGGCGCCUAUGUCAUCACCGACACCCUCAAGAUCCCCAAGGACAUCAAGAUCACGGGUGAGGUCUGGCCCAUGAUCAUGGUUCACGGCAGCAAGUUCGCCGACCAGAAGAACCCUGUGCCUGCCAUCCAGGUGGGCCAGAAGGGCGACUCUGGCUCCGUCGAGAUCAGCGACCUUGUCAUCACCACCAAGGGCCCUGCCCCUGGUGCUAUCCUUAUGGAAUGGAACGUUGCUGGUGCCACCCAGGGCUCUGCUGGUAUGUGGGACGUCCACUUCCGCAUCGGUGGUUCCGCUGGUACCGAGAUGCAGAGCAACACCUGCAAGAAGACCCCUCUCGUGCAGACUACCCCCAAGGACGAAUGUAUCGCCGCCUUCAUGCUCAUGCAUGUCACCAAGGACGCCAGUGCCUACUUCGAGAACACCUGGUUCUGGACCGCCGAUCACGAGCUCGACCUCCCCGAUCAUGCUCAGGUCAACAUCUACACUGGCCGUGGUAUCCUCAUCGAGUCCCAGGGCCCUGUCUGGCUGUAUGGAACCGCUUCUGAGCACCACCAGCUGUACAACUACCAGGUCUCCAACGCCAAGAACGUCUUCAUGGGUCUGAUCCAGAGUGAAACUCCUUACUACCAGUCCAACCCCACUGCGCUGUACCCAUUCACUCCUCAGGAGACCUGGAACGAUCCCGACUUCUCCACAUGUACUACCGCUAGUUGUAAGAAGGCCUGGGGUUUGCGUGUUCUCGGCUCUUCGGACGUGUAUGCCUACGGUGCCGGUCUGUACAGCUUCUUCGAGAACUACGCCCAGACAUGCCUCAACUCCGAGGACUGCCAGCAGAACAUGGUUGAGGUCGACUGCUCUGACGUGCACCUGUACGGUCUUACGACCAAGGCGGCCGUCAACAUGGUCACUUCCUCUGACGGCAAGAGCAUGGUUCCUCAGCACCCCAACCAGAGCACUUAUGGCUCGACCAUUGCCCUGUUCUCGCAGAGCACUGCCUAG